CCGUCAUCCAAAUCGCGUAUUUGAUUCAUCUGCAUCUCAACACGGCCCAAACUGGUCGCCGACGUCGCUUUACCAGGGUCCCAUACUAGGGGCACGACCCUUCUACAUUCGAGGUAGAUUUUGGGUGUUUUUAAGCCGUACUGUGCAGUUGCCACUGCAGUGUGCGCGCGGCAGCCCGACGUCCGCGCACCUCGGCCGGCGCCUUGCUGCUGACACCCGCAAUUCGCCGUCAUUUUGACAUCCGCAACAACCUUCAAUAGCAACCCUUUGCCGGUGGAUUCCGAACAAGAGUCAUGCGGUCGAAUUGACGCGUCAUAGCCGAUACUUAACAUACCUGAGGCUUCCUUGCACACACAAUGUCGAGGUACCCGGGCGGCCGUUUUGACGGCGACCGUCGGUCGCGUUCACCUCGUGACCGGUCGCCAUAUGGGGACAGAGUGGACCGUGGGCCACAGUAUCCCGAUGCCGACCGCCGGCGCCCACCUCCGGAUUCCCGGGGCAACCCACCGGGCUUCCCUCCUAGCCGGGACAGUUUUCGCGAUUCCCUAUCGGGAAUCCAACCCCCUCGUGGGCCUAAAGCGCUCCUUGAUCCUCCCAGCGGUCCCCGCGGCGGCGGAUUUGCUGGGGACUUUCGUGGGAGGGGACGAGGCGGAGGUCGUGGCCGGCAGUGGCGCGAUGACAGCCGCGAUGGAGGGCGUGACCGUGAAGACUACCGAGAUCGACCGCAUUUUAGGGACGAGCGAAGCCGCGAACGAGAACGAGUACACGAUCGGGAGCGAGAGCGGGAUUGGCCGCGCGACCAACGUGACCGAGUCGACUUUCCUCGGGCGCGUAGGCCUUCCCCUCCUCCCCUACGAGCACGAUCCCCGCUCCCCAGCAGAGAUUUCAGGGACGUGAGGGACCCGCCCUUGGGGGUAGACGCGGAGCGCGCGCGACGGGGUUCAAGGGAUGGGCCGCUUUCGGCUGGCUCCUCCAACUCGGACCCCAUGUUUGCCCCGUCUCCCUUCCGUGGCAGCUUCCGCGGCGCGGGGAGAGGGGUUGGCCGAGGCCGGGGGGAUUGGGACCAGAGAGGCGGUAGAGACAGGGGCAACUUUUACGAUGACCGAGACCGAUACCCACGAAGUCGGUCGCAGGAAAGCCGAUGGGGACGGGAACCGGAUGAUCGGGAUCGCAGGGACAGCCGCUACCCGGACAUGGCCAGGGACCUUCGCGAUGACCGCGAAAUAAGAGAGAGGGAAAACAGGGAGCGCGAGCUCAUCCGCCCGAAGCCGGACCGGGUUUCACACGAACCACCAUCUGCAAAGGAUGUCUCACCCCCGCCCCUCGCCCCCUCCGCGCCCGCAUUUGGUUCCGUCCCGAGUCGCCAGUCUACAUCGACUGAUAUCCAGUCGCUAACGGGGAAGCCCCCGCCGACGGGCCCGAGAGCGCUGACCGAGGAAAGGCCGGUUUCCGCCGGCCAUGGGGUGGGGAAUGAAAGGCCACCACCCACCGGCCCGUCCAAGCCGGCGUUAUCGGACGGCGGCCCUCCCAUACCUCUGGGCCCCCGCGCGCAACAAAAACAGCAGCGCUCUAGUAAGCAGUGGAUUAAUCCGUCACUGACUGCGAAGAAGGCACAGGUAGAGUCUCCGAAGACCGCCAGAUCACAAAAUUUCCCCUCGCAGCCCGCUAGGCCUAGCAGCUACUCGGCCCACACAGACUAUCGGGACUUUGACAAACGCCCACGGAGCCCUGGGGCUCGGUCAGAUUCCCAUGCUCUAGCUGCUGAGCGAUAUGGCCCGCAUGUCGCAACCGGGGCGAACGAGAUCAUGAUCAAAUCGGAGCGAGGUUCGCAAUCUGCCAGGACGUCGGUCGAUCGCGAAACUAGAACAGCGCCCAACAGUGCCGACUUGAAAAUGGGAGGGAUGGAUACGGAACAGCCACCCCGUGAGCAGGAGGCCCGAGCGAGCGAGCAAACGACAACCCCCAUUGUACCGAAACCUGGCGACAUUCAGGCCCACGAGCCGAAGGAGCAAGCCCCGUCCUCCGAAUCCGCGAAGAAGCCCACUAUCCUCGCCGCCCCGUCCUGUCGAGUCCAGUUGCCACCGAGGGAAACAUCGCCCCUUGCGUCCGACGAAUCUUCCGAGUCGGAUGACGACGAAGAUAUGGAUGUCUACUUUGAGGGGGAAAUAUCCAAAACAGAGGCGGAACUCAAGAAGCUCAAGGACGCCGUGGACAAGGUUCCGGUCGACAUCGUUAAGCGAUAUGCGACCGCAGUCCACGAAGCCAUGCUCGUUGUGCUUAACGAGCGCAUAGGGUUGGCAGACGUGGUUGGGCCCAUCCCCGACAGCUUCACGUUUCCUCGACCGAAGCCUGGGACAGAGGUGGCUGACAAGGAGAUGCCCGAUACCGAGCCGCAAGAGCAGGGAGAUCAAAGAAAUGUAGUCGCACCGCGCGAGCCUUCGGCUAUCCCGACCGUGGAAGCUGACGACAGCGCGGUUCACCCGCCGGAGCCUCAGCCAAAGGUCGAGGAAACGGAUACAGGAGGCUUGGGGCUCCCUCCAGCACCAGCUCUUUCGGAGAUGAAACCGUUGAGUGAAGAUGUCGACAUGCAGCAUGUUGCAGCGCCGCAACCCAUCACAGCUCCGGUCUUGAUAAACGCCCCGCCGGCCGCCGCGGACGGUCCGGCAUUCUUCCCCCAUCCGUUUGGUCGGCCGGAGACUGAGCGGAGCAGUGUAUCACUAGAUGAGGGGAGCGAGGAUAGGACCGAGGACGAUGCGAGCAUCUAUGGGAGUAUCGAAGUCGUCCGGGAGUUUUCUGCCACGCCACCUACCGAAGAUCUCCCGAUCUACAACAUCAAGCCGUGGUUUCAGAGCCGGCGCGUCCGAAAAUUGGGCGAUGAACCCACUGAGUUUGGCGAGUUCUUGUAUCAACACCUCAAAGGACAGACCGUGACUGCGCAUCUCGCGCAGAGCGAGGAACGAAACUCGUAUGCGAUGAAAUACGAUUCGUAUUUACGAUUCACGCUGUCGGACGACCCGGCCGCUGUCAAGAGCCGCGACUACUUUAGUAGCUCUGGAGUGCAGCCGGGGACCACCGGUAAAGCGGCAAGCUCAGACUCCAAACCUGAAGGGGGUAGAAGAGGAGCAGGCCGUUUCUCAACCGAGCUGGACCUCGAGGCCGCGAUCAAGGAGUCUAUUCGUGAGCACCAGGAAAGGAAGGAGAGGGAGGAGAGGGCGCAGAAGGAGAAAUACCGCACCGAGAAGGAGGCCGUCAUCCCCGAAAUGUUCUGGACGGACGAGGAAAAAGAGAGGGCGUCGUUCUACGACACAGCAGGACUACAGCCCCUGGAGAAGCUCGUUGCUACCUGGCAGGUCGUGCCUGGCCACGUCAACUUCACCCAGGAAGAGGCGGACAGGUUCGAAAAGGCGUACCUUGAAACCCCCAAGCAAUGGGGCAGGAUCUCCAAGGAAGUGGGGAAUCGCGAUCCCGGCACCUGCAUUCUGUAUUACUAUGCCAAGAAGCGCGACCUGAACCUGAAGGACAAGCUUAAGAAGCAACCUAGACGGCGCAAGAAGGGCCGAGGGAAACAACGCUCCAGCGCGCUGGUGUCCGAGCUCGGCAACACGGAAAACGAGACGGAGGACGCGGCGGGCCAGGAGACGGGUGAAAAUGGCGAACGCCGGCGUCCGCCUCGUCGUGCUGCUGCGCCAGUCUGGGGCAACGACGCGACCCCGAAUGCAGACUCCGACGGCGCUACUCCGGCGCCUACCCCCGGGCGCCGUAGGGCCGGCACCACGGCUGACGGUAAGAACGACGGCAGUGCGGAGAAGGCGGAGGGCAAGAGGGGCGGCGGGCGCAAGCCACGCCAACCAAAGGUGGACAAGGAACCGAAGGGACCGAAACAACUGGCACAAGCCCCCGGAGGUGCACCUCUCGCAGUCCCUGGCAAGACGGGCAGGUCGCGGGCCAACUCCAAGGCACAGGGCCCCGAGUGGAUGUCGCCGCAAACCCCCGUUGAUCUAGCGGCCCGGAUACCCCUCCCGUUCGAUGUACCCCACACAGGAAUGCAGCCGCCUCUGGUCCCGGUCCAGCAGGGACCAUUGGCGAGCCCCGAUCGAGCAGUGCCUCCGAUACCGUCUACCAUCUCUGAAGUCAUGGCCCCGCCGUCCCUCCGUCCCGAACCGCCCCCGCCGCCCGCUUCCGUCCCCACUUUUGAGAUCUCUCAGCCAGCCGGGCCAGAGCGCAUCCGUACCCCCCAGCAAGCGUCCAGUUACUGGAGCGUAUCGGAGACAACCGACUUUCCUGGCUUACUCCGCUCGUUCGGCACGGAUUGGGUCAAAAUCGCCAAUCACAUGCAGACCAAAACUGCAACCAUGGUCAAAAACUACUACGUCCGACAGACAAAAGAAGGAGGCAAGCCUGAGUGGGAGCAGCUGGCCAUGGAGGCCGACGCCAAGGGCCAGAGAGGCGAAAAGCGGCCCGCGCCGCCGACGCCGACACAAGGACCACGGAAACGAUACGAUGUGUCGUCUACCGGACACCGGCCCCUGGCUGCCGCCGAGCCAGAGGACGCCAUGCUAACAAAGGUUGAAUCGCAACAAAACCAGCCGUUCUCGCGCUUCCAGGUCCCAAUCGCGCAGGCCGCCCCGGUUUCGCAUCCGCUUGUUCAGCCAACACCGGUUGCAAUGACCACGCCCCUAACCACUACUGCAGCAGCACCGCAAGCGCCGACGAGUGGUCCGGCCGUCACCCAGACCAUGUCGCCGCACAUUCAUCCUCUCCGGCCCCCGGGUCCCGCCUACCCGUACCCGGAGAGGGAAACGGAGGCUCCGGCACAGACCCAACAACCGGUCCGCAUCUCUCAAAAGCCAGUUCCGUCGACGAGCGCCACCACUAUGCCAUCAAGUUCCGAACCGCCGCGCCCAGCCCAAUGGGCAACAGAUCCUGGCCAACCAUUUUCAUUGCUGUCAAAGGAGGCUCGCGGAGCACGCGACGCCCGGGAGCGGCAGAGGUUGGAACUCGUUCAGCGAGAGUCCCCUCGGCCGGUAGAGAGGGCGCCUCUGCGGAUGAAACAAGAGCCAGAACCUGCGCUCCAUCACCCCGAAGCAUACCCGCAAUUCCAACCCCCACCGCGCGGUAUGUCUUCGCGGAUGGAAACAACCCCCCUCGGGAGGCAGCCAGAGCCAGCUCGGACCGCCGCGCCCGUUCCGCAGUCUUAUGCUCAGCCCAGUCAUUCACAACCCAUGCGCAGCAUGCAUAAUGAACCUGUGCAAGCGCCCCAGAUGCCUCCUGCGAACGAGAGACCUAUGCAAAACAUGCCGCGACAGCCGCCGGUUUCGAUGCAGGAGCAGUACAGCGCGGCGCCCGUAUCCGCGCCCACUGCUCCCCCACCCCCACCUCAGCAGCAACCUGCCCCAGCCCCGGCUCGCGCUCCUGAGCGCAAAGUUAACAUCAUGUCGUUGCUCAACGAUGACGAUCCCCCUCCGCCGAAGAGAGUCAGCGAAGUGUCCUCUGUUAAGCGCAGCUCGACGCCACAGCCGCUGGUCCGUCAACCAACCUCCGCGCCGCUACCACCACGCAGGGAAGUUGAGACGGGAUACCCGUAUGCCCGCGGCCCUGCCCAAGCGCCACAAUCAGCAAUCCCGCCUCUCAAGCCGUACCAAACGCAGUCGCCGCAGCCGCAGCACAUGCGGGUGCCCAGUACCGGGAUCACGAGCAUGGACCCGGCUGCAGAGGCACAACGUGACUACUACGCGCGACAUUCGUACCCAGCCCAGCAACACGCAGUGAGCGCGGCGAAUUCACCACAGUCGCAACAAACGCAAUACGGGCAACACGGGCAACACAUUCAACAACAUCCACAACAACAUCCCCAGCAGGCCCAGGUGGGUUAUCAAGGGCAGCAACCGUAUCAGCCUUACCAGGUUAGUCAACCGCAUGCUGCGUCCCCUACACCGCAGUACGCUCCACAUCCGUCCAUGUCGGGCAGGCGAGAGGCGCCGCCGUCUGGGCGUGAGCCGUGGCCGCCGCAGCAACAGCCAAUGCAUCAGCAUCAGCAUCAGCAACACAUUCAGCAGCAGCAGCAGCAGCAGCAACAGCAGCACCAUCCACACCACCAACAACACCCAUCUCAGUCAGGCUGGCCGUCUCACCAAGCACCUCCGAAAACCUCGCAACCUGUGCCAGCGCCAUCAGCUUGGGGUGCUCAAAAUGGCGGCAUCCAAACGAAACCAUCUGUCAGCAGCCCACUCCCUCAGCAACAACACCAUAACACCUGGCCAACCUCGGGCCCAAGCCAGCAACAGCCCCACCCUUUCAGCCUACGCGAGUCCCGCGGGCCCUCCGUCUACGAAUCGCAAAGCCCCACGGUAGGUAUGCCCACGCACCCACACCACCAGCACCACAACUCUCUCGGCGGCGGGCGUUACGGCCCCGGCCCGCCUCAAGACGUUGUCCGGCGGGGCGAGCAACAACCCCCCGCCCCACAACAAGCCGGUGGCAGCCAGCCGCCCUACGCACGAUACACCAACACCCCUGGUCCGCAACAGCAGCAGCAGCAGCAGCAAGGGCGUGACCCAACGAGGACCUACACCCCCGUCACGGGCGGUUUCGAUCCUCGCGGGCCCCCGCCCCAGGCCGCCCAGCAGCAGCAGGCCGCGUCCCAACAGCAAGCCCAGCACGCGAGCCAGGCCGCCGCGGCUCAACAGCACCACCAGCAACAACAACAAUAUGUUGCGCAGCAGCACCAGGAGGCGGCGAUGCGCGAACAGCAGCAGCAGCAGCAGAUGAGGGAGGCACAGAUCAGGGAGAUGCAACUGCGUGCCGGUGCGGUCGUUGGCCGCGAUCCCGCUGACCAGGGCGGCCCUGUCGGUGCUGGUGGUGGCAGUGGUGGUGCUGCCGGGCUCUUGGCGAGACAGCUCCGUCCUGGACCGGAGGGCGGGCCGCCGCCGGGGCCGGGGCCGGGGCCGGGGCAGGGGGGGAUGUAUGACCGUGGGGGUGGGGAGGGGAGGCGGUUUUAG